AUGCUUGAACAACAUCGGGCAUAUCAUGGAUUGGUGCUUGCUGGGAGUGAACUCUUUGUGGUUGGCGGGUUUGACGGCACCGACUAUUUCCCACACACUCGCUCUUGCAACAUGGACACUUUGAAAUGGGAGGAUCGCGGAGCAAUGGACGAGCAUCGAUGUUAUGUUAGGGCUUGUGUAUACGACAAAAAUCACAUCUUUGCGGCUGGAGGUUUCAACAGAAGUACGAGGAGAAUCAAUGGUGUCGAAGGGGCAAACGUGCAGCAAGCAAGAGAUCAUCCGAUCAUUCCGCUGCUGGUGAAGUACGAUGAAAGUGACGCGACCUUG